GGCUGCUACCGACAAUUUGGCCGAGAAAUUAGCAGGGCGAUGAGGUUGAGAAGCUUCGCUGCGGUCGUCUUCUUCCCUCUUCUCCUCCUAGCGGCGACUCUGGUCGCUAUCUGCAGUGGAGCAGACCGCUUGGCCCCGGAUCUGCCUCUCCUCGAUGACGGAGCGUCGUCGCUCGUCUCCGACAGCGGUAGAUUCCGGUUGGGGUUCUUCAGUCCCAAUGGAUCUGUCAACCGCUACGUCGGCGUGUGGUACGCCGAGAUCCCGGUCCAGACCGUCGUGUGGAUCGCCAAUCGCGAGCAGCCGGUGACGUCCCGCUUCGGGAACCUCUCUAUGACGAGGAACGGGACUCUAGUCCUCGUCGAUGGGUCGGCUUCGGCCGUCAUCUGGUCUACGGCCUCGUUUUCGCCGGCCCUUGUAAAUCCCGUCGCGCAGCUGCUCGACGAUGGCAACUUCGUCGUCCGUGAGGAAGCUGAGCCUGACGGCUUCGCGUGGCAGAGCUUCGACUUCCUGACGGACACGUUCAUUCCGGGCAUGAUGCUGGGGCAGAGGAAGCUGAGGACUGGGCGAAUCAUUGACAUCAAGAUGGCUUCCUGGGCGAGCGACAUCGAUCCUGCGCCGGGACGAUACUCGUUCGGAUUAGAUGUGCAGGGCGAUCCCCAAUUGUUCCUCUGGUACGGGACGCGACCGCACUGGCGCGCAGGGUCAUGGAACGGCCGCUGGCUCAGCGGCGUCCCGGAGGUGAAGGACAGAUCCGACGGGCUCGUAGACUUCGACGUGGAACCAAAUCAGGUCACCUACUUGCCCUCCAACAAAUCUACUGCCAUCUUGAGGUGGGUCGUACACAACUCUGGCCACCUACAGCUCGUCGUGUGGCUAGAGACUCAACGAGCUUGGAACGUCAUCUGGUAUGUGCCCAAGGAUCUGUGCGAUAGUGUGUCUUCCUGCGGUCCCAAUGGCUACUGCCGUCCAAGCUCCUCCCCGGUUUGUGCAUGCUUGCAGGGGUUUCACCCUAAGAACCCUAGGAACUGGGAACUAUUGGAUGGGUCAGACGGUUGCGUGAGGACGACUACAUUGGACUGCCAAAAUGGGACUGACGGAUUCUGGCUCCAAAGUGGCACAAAGUUGCCAGACACGGCUAGAGCGACAGUGAAUGCAAGCUUGAGUUUGGAGCAGUGCAAGGAAUUGUGCUUGAAGAAUUGCUCUUGCAGAGCGUAUGCAGCCUCUAACAUUAGCAGCAGUGGCAGUGGCAGUGGAUGCAUAAUAUGGGCAACUGAUCUCACUGAUAUCACAGUUUAUCAAGGUGGAUUAGGGCAAGAUCUUUAUGUCAAGCUAGCGGCAGCCGACUUAGCAUCUGAGCCUUCGCCUAACCAUUCUCUCCGGAAAUACAUGGUGGUGAUGCUUGUGAUCCUUCCUCUGGCAAUUAUUUUCCUAGCUUGUGUUGCUUACUUCAUUUGGAGGAAAAAAAGAAGUGUUCAUAUUAGUGAAAAUGCAGAAGAGAAGAACUUGGAAUUGCCAUUAUUUGACUUGAGCACAAUUAGAGAUGCAACUGACAACUUCUCAAUAGACAAUAAGCUCGGUGAAGGAGGUUUUGGGCCUGUAUACAAGGGGAAGUUGGAAGACGAUCGAGAAAUAGCUGUAAAAAGAUUAUCAAAUGCAUCGACUCAAGGUGCAGCUGAGUUCAAGAAUGAGGUUACAUUGAUUGCAAAGCUACAACAUCGUAAUCUUGUAAGGCUACUUGGAUGCUGUAUUCAAGGGGGGGAAAGAAUGUUGAUAUAUGAAUACAUGGCUAAUGGAAGCUUGGAUGCUAUCCUAUUUGAUGAACAUCAAGGUGCUUUGUUGGACUGGACAAAACGAUACAAAAUCAUACUAGGAAUUGCUCGCGGUCUUCUUUAUCUGCAUCAUGAUUCCAGACUCAGAAUCAUCCAUCGGGAUCUCAAAGCAAGUAAUGUUCUUCUAGACAAAGAAAUGAAUCCCAAAAUAUCAGAUUUUGGAAUGGCUAGGAUAUUUGGAGGCGAAGAAUCAGAAGCAAAUACUAAGAGAGUCGUCGGAACAUAUGGAUAUAUGGCUCCAGAAUAUGUCAUGGAUGGAAUAUUUUCAGUAAAAUCCGAUGUAUAUAGUUUUGGGGUAUUAGUACUUGAGAUGGUAACAGGCCAAAAGAACAGAAGUCUGUCUCACACAAAGCUGCAACUGAACCUCUUAGGACAUAUUUGGAUGAUGUGGAAACAAGGUAAAUGCCUUGAUUUAGUGGAUAAAAAUGUUGGUCGUUCAUUUUCAGAGGAUGAGGUUUUGAGGUGUGCCAAAAUUGGACUUUUGUGCGUUCAAGAAUCUCCCAUAGAUAGGCCAACAAUUUCUUCGGUUCUAACAAUGUUGGGCAGUAUGGAGGACGACAUUUCUCUUAUACCAGAACCUAAACAACCAGGUUUUUUUUCUUCAGCAGAUUCAUAUGGAAACUCAGCAAUGAGGGAUCCGCAUUCUCUAGCCACAGAGAGAGAAUCAUUUACAGAGUUGGAAGGUCGAUAAGUAAUGCUUAUCAGAAGGUGUUGUACUACAGUAGUAGGUAGGAAAUACAAAAUAUGUUUAAACAUAAGAGUAAGAUACUCCUGUAAACAUAAGAGCAAGAUAAUUGUUUUUUUUUUUUUUUGUUGUAAACAUGAGUACAUGAACGUUGCAUGUGUUGUUGAAAUUGCAAAUUUAGAUGGGUUAUGAUA